AUCCCUUCUGUUUGGUUCAGAUGAAGGACUCCUGGAGUGAGAAGUUUAACGAAAUCGGAAGAACCGAAACCAUUACCGAUAACCUGAACCCCGAAUGGGUUAAGAAGUUUGUCAUCAGUUAUAACUUUGAAACCGUACAGAAGAUGCGGUUCGAGGUCUGGGACUUAGAUCCCGACGGCAAAGAGUUUUUGGGACAUUUCGAGACCACUUUAGCAGAGAUUGUGGCCUUUUCUGGCCGUCAGUUCGUCAAGAAGUUAUCGGGAAUUCCGAACAGAGACUGCGGAGACAUUAUUAUUGUCACCGAAGAGUUGUCUUCGUGUAAACAAAUAGUUCAGAUGCAGUUCAGAGCCAAAUCAUUGACCAAAUUGUCGUGGAUUUGGAGGAAUGACCCGUUUCUAGUACUUUCGCGAUCCAACGAAGACGGCACCUAUUCUGUGGUCAUGAAGAGUGAACCCGUGUAUUCAACUCAGAGCCCCCUUUGGAUGCCCAUCACUAUGAGAGUCAGAUCCCUAUGUAAUGGAGAUUACGACAGAACUAUUAAAAUCGAUUGCUUUGACUACCGAUCCAAUGGUGACCACAGACUGAUUGGUACUUGUUAUACAAGUCUGCGAAGACUAACUCAGGGCCCGAAUGAUAACAAAUACCCGGUUGUGAACCCAAAGAAGAAGAAUAAAAAUUACACGAACUCUGGAUUCGUUGAAUUGGAAUCGAUUGCAGUGACAGAAGAGAUCACUUUUCUCGACUAUAUUCGCAGCGGAACUCAAAUGCAUUUCGCGGUUGCGAUUGACUUCACGGCCUCUAACGGUCCGCCAAGAGAUCCACAAUCACUGCAUUUUCUUGACAUAUAUGGCGGUCGACCCAACCCUUACGAGAUAGCGUUGAGAAGCGUUGGAGAGAUAAUACAACACUACGACAGCGCCGGUAUGUUUCCGGCUUUCGGUUUUGGCGCAAAACUGCCGCCAACGGGUGAAGUGUCCCAUCAGUUCCCAUUGAAUGGCAAU